UGGCAGUACAAUCCUAAGAUGCGUCCAGCCUUCGUGGAGAUCAUCAGCAGCAUCAAGGACGACCUGGAGCCGUCUUUCAGCGAGGUCAGUUUUUACUACAGUGCUGACAACAAGCCCGCCGACACGUCGCAGCCGCACACGGACAAGCUGGAUCACGCGCCGGACUUUCCCCUGGACCCCGCUUCCUCCUCGCAGCAGACCCCCCAGCCGACGCCGCACUCUCCCGGCUCGGAGCCCCCACCGUCCCCGUCGCAAGCCCCCAGCUCCCCGUCCUCCCCCUGCACGUCGAGCGCCGUCACGGACAAGCAGCCCUCAGGCCAGCAGGCGGCCAACGGGCUCUCGGGGACGGUUCCGCCCGCGGCCUCGGGGCUCGGCGCCGGCCCGGGCGUCACGAUCCGGCCGUCCCCGGACGAACUACCGCCGUACGCGCACAUGAAYGGAGGACGGAAGAACGAGCGCGCCAUGCCUCUUCCUCAGUCGUCAGCCUGCUGAUAAGACCGACCAGACUGCGAAGCGUCCGCCUACUGCCGAGAAAAAUCAGAUGUCCCAGUGGGUUUCUUUCCUUUUUUUUUUUAAAUCUCCACAAGGUAGAUGUGGUUACUCAAAGAUCUGAGUGAAUGUGGAGAAAACUGUCAAAAGUUCUGCUAUAUUGCCACACACACUAUCCCAGCCUAUCCUAGGUUCAGUUUCUACCAGCUGGUUGUCAGAUGUGACACUGCCUCUGCUGCUGAGUGGAAAGACCAAAAACGAAAUGAAAAUU